GGUAAUGAGCUGCAUGGUAACUAGUUGAUUUGGCUGGCAGCUAAUUAUUCCACGGAAAAUGCCGAACGCCACGGAUUCCUGUGGAUUUCCCUUGGUCAAUUUCAGUAUCGAGCAUGCCGCUCUCAGGCGCCAACGCCUCUGUAAGCAGUCCAUGGACGAACGGACCGCCGUUACAUUCCUAAUAUUUUUAUCCGCUGGCACGUUAGGCAACGGCGCCGGCGUCAUAUUUCUGCUGUGUCGUAAUUUCUGUCGAAAGGCUGCCCAGUGUCUCCGGAUUGCUCGUCCCCGCCGUUCGAAAGUUCGCAGCCAGGAUAUAUUUCUCAUAAUCUAUUUAUCCAUCCACUUCCUGUAUUUGUGGAAUCGUUGUCUUCUCCUGCUGGCUUCACACAGACUGGCAGCAGCCUUCCCCUGCCUGGAUGAAGACCAUGCUCUUGUGAAUAAUUUAAUGGUUCUGAUAUUUAUUGACGCUUUCCUAAUUCUACUGAGCCAAGGGGCUCUGGCGGUUUAUGCCGUUGAUCGUUUUGUUGCGGUAUUUGCCCCGGCCCGUUAUAUGGCGAUGCAUGGCUCAACUUCACGAAACUUUAUUUUCGGGGCAGUCUGCGUAGGCUAUGCUAUAUUCAUUGCCGCGUCGACGUUUUCGCUGCUGGCGCUGCACUAUGGACCCGAAUGGGGAAUUUCGUCCUCAACAGCUGCCAACUGGUCGCUCGCUCACUCCUGGAUCCAGAGUGUUCACCAACUGGCGUGUGCCAUUAUCAUUACGGUAUUCUGCGCUCUUACGGUAUGGCAUUUGUGGAAGCGCUUCAAGCGCAAACCGCCAUCCCAUCGUCCUUCCUCAAGGCGCCGGGAUGCUCCGCAAAAAACCCACCGAAUCCAGGGCGUCAUCAUUUCCGCCACUGUGGUUCUACUGGCCAGUACAGUGCUAUACUGGAUAGGCAACGGUGCGGAUCUCGUCUGGUCGAUUCUGUACAUUGUCAGUCGCCGUCCCCUGUGCUGGUGUCCUCUUCCGGUCCAGUACAUUAUGCAACAGCAGACAGUGACUGACCUGCUGCGCCACCUACACUCCGCGUUAUCCUUCGGGAUUUAUGGCGGCACAUUGAUCAGACGCUGGUUAUGUCCGUCAGGCGAAUCAGCGUACUGCAUUCUGGAGAUGCGGACGAUAGCUGUGAUAAAGAAGUAG